AUGUGUCUAUCGAAUAUCACAUACCUUUAUAUAAAACUUCCCAUAAAUGAUCGAUUUUGGUCAAUUGUUCCAAAUAUAAACAAACUAAAUACACUUACUCUCUUAUCUUAUAAUGAUACUUUAGAAUCAGAAUUGCAAGCUAUGUUAGAUCGAGCACCUUAUCUAACUGCACUGAAUAUUCAACAAGAUGCAUCAUUACCUAUACAAAUGUCAUUAUUCAAACAUACAAAUGCAUCUAUUCGUAAACUCUGUUUAGAAAAAUAUGUUCAUUAUUUCAAUGAAAAUGAAUGUCUUCUAUUAACUCGUUCAUCAUUGGGUAUUCAAUGUGAAGUACUUUCUAUUCGAGUUAAUAAUCGUGAAAAUAUCAUUACUCUUGUAAAAAAUAUGAUCAAUCUUCGAAUAUUAUAUAUUUAUCAGAUUGAUGAAAAAUAUUCAAACAAUACAUUUUUAAAGAGAAACGAUGAUGGAACAUUUCGUGAGAAUGACCAAGUUAACAAUAAUGAACUUAUUCAAUGGUUAAGAGAUCAUUUGCCGUCGACGUGUGUGGUCAUUAAGGAUUUACAUUAUGUUCACAAUAUUAUAAUAUGGAUCUAA